AUGUAUUAUCACCUUCUUUUCGUCGCCCUGCUAUCCCUCCUGCUCGAAAGCAGCACUGCGCGGCCGCUUGAUCUACCCGAUAAGGCUGACGCUAAGCCGGACCAAAGUCCCUCCAGCAAACGCUCAGCCCAGGAAAUCAUCACGCAGCUCAAUCUGAUCCCGAAUCCCGAAAGAGGCUGGUACAGCCAGACGUUCGAAGACCCAGAGACGAUCAACAACCGCUCUGCCAGUACGGCAAUCUACUACCUCCUCGAGAAAGGCGAAGUAUCCUACUGGCACCGUGUCCUCGAUGCGACCGAACUCUGGCACUAUUAUUCCGGUGCGCCACUUCGGCUGUCACUCUCAUUCGACGACGGUCAGCCGGUGAGGCAACCGACUCUCGGCCCGGAUAUCUUCGACAACCAAGCACCGCAGAUCGUCAUCGAGAAAGGCCAGUGGCAGCGCGCACAGAGUCUGGGUGACUGGACCUUGGUGGGCUGCACCGUGGCGCCUGGCUUUACGUUUGGCGGCUUUGAACUGGCGGCAGAGGGUUGGGAACCACAGGGAUGA